ACAACCCCAUCGUCACUUUCUACAAUAAGGUUUGGUUCCUCAUUCUCAACUUAAUUACUUUUUCAUUCUUGCCCCCAUAACUAAACUAACUGUUAGAUGACAUAUUUUGCUAUAGCACCAAGUGUUAAGUACCCGUUUAUAAUUCUUUUUGCUAAAAUUAAGGUUUAUUCUUAAUUUCUGUCUUCUUUUUUACCGUUUCAUUGAUUGAUGAAUAUUCUGACUUAUUUAAAAAUUCACAACUUAUUAUAUCUAAUUAGUCUUCAGAAGAAUGCAAAGUUUUCAAGGGUGAAAGCAGUGAUUCAUCUAAAUUUCUAUUUCGGGUGAAGAAAAUGAAGAAAUCGUCAACGAUUCCGUCUGGAAUUACUAAACUAAACGUGUUCCUUGCAAAAAACCGAGACGAAGAGAAAAGUGACUUUAGAGUGAUCAUUUAUGGAAGUAAACGGUCGUGCAGUGUUUAUGCAGGGGAAUCUCCUACCAUUGUAGCUCAAGUGGAGAAUAAUGGUGGCUUCAAAGUUUCGGUCUAUCCCAACGUGGACUACGCAUUCAUAUUGGCUCUACUUAUGAUUGUUAAGGAUACGGAAUGUUCUGAUACUGAAGAAAUAGAUGCUCUUAGUGCCAUACAAAUGACUUCAAGCAUUUUAUCGCUUGUAUAAGAGAAUCUAAGAAAAAGUGAGGAAAUAAUAUUUCAAGUGACUCCACGUAUAGAUGUCCCUUGUGUUAUAUAUUGUAUGAA